CGACCCCCUGUCGACCUCGUCGUCGGCCUCGCCCCCGCCGCCCCCUUUCGGGAUGCACCUGUCGGCGGCUUUGAAACGCGAAUACCAUCCGCUGCACUAUAUCGCCGCCGGCAAUGGCCACAACGGCCCAUCCGCCCAUGGCUACAAUCAGGGAUCGGGCAAUACGCCAAAUAGCACCGGACUAGCAGGAUCGGGUGGAGCAGGAGCUGGAGCAGGAUCUGCCGGCGGAGCAGCGGCAGCCGGCGGCCAUAAUUCACAUCACACCAUGUCGUACCACAACAUGUUCACGCCGUCCCGCGAUCCGGGCACCAUGUGGCGGUGCCGCUCCUGCGGCAAGGAGGUGACCAACCGCUGGCACCACUUCCACUCCCACACUGCCCAGCGGUCCAUGUGUCCCUAUUGCCCGGCCACCUACAGCAGGAUCGAUACGCUGCGCUCCCAUCUGCGGGUCAAGCAUCCGGACCGCCUGCUCAAGCUGAACUCGUCCAUUUAAGGGCGUGGCCGGGGCCCGAAUACAGCCCAACAUCGCCAGCUUUAUCAGCAGCAGCAACAGCAGCACCAGCAACAUCAGCGGCAGCAACAUCAACAGCAGCAACAUCAACAGCAGCAACAUCAACAGCAGCAGCUACAGCAGCAACAUCAGCAACCAGCUUACUACAUCAGCAACUAUAGCAACUUUAGCAAUAGAUAUAGCUACAGCGAGAGUUUAUUGUAAAUCGCUGCAGUCUAGAUGGAUUUUUUUUUUUUUUUUAGUCGUCGUCUGUACAUUACCCACUAGCUAUCCAAGCAAUAACAAUAACCCAAAACUAGUAGAACCGAAGAUGCUAUGGCAAAACGCGUAAAAAAGUAUAUUGAUAAUCUUAACUAUAGCUAUUGGUAAACUUUGACGCAAUCGUCCCAUCAAUUUAUAAAUGUGUGUAUAACUAAAGAAAAAUUAGGAAAAGGUUUCAGCUGCUAACUAAGGAGGAGGAUAUAACCGAUAAAACAGGGCAGCGAACACAAGAAGUUCGGUUAGAACCGUUUUCUAAAGCCACAACAAACCGUUUCGAAGGUUUCUAAAUGUUGUUUCCUAAAAACUACAAAAGUAAUAACUACCAUAAUGAUAGAGAGAGAAGGUCGAAGGAAAACACUUUGGGCUGAUUCGUUCAGCGGAAUGGCGUCACCAGGAGGAGAUGGAGCCGCAGCCACCACAGCAACAGUCACCCACAACUACUACUCAUACGAAGGUCACAUUAGGUUUUAGUUUAUUUUACUGUUUACCGUUUAGAUCGUAGUGUUAACCAAUAUGUUCUGCAGAGUAGGCAACGGAUGAGGAGCUACUCAACCAACUACAAAGAAAUUUUCAUAUACCUCAAAUGCAUUUCAGUUUUAUUGUUGAUUGCUUAAUUUUAAUCUACGUAGAUCGUUAGCACUUAUUCAUUAACUACCAAUUAUAUGUUAUUUUAAUCGGUUCCAAUUCUAUAGCCAAUAGUUUACCAACGUUUUCCUCUGUUUUUUUUUGUGUUCUCUACCAAUCUUCUGAUUUUGCCCUAUGCGUUAGGUUAAACUUUUUAGGAUUAGCUCGAACCACUUGAACCACCUCACUUUUUUGUUAAGAUUGUUUAUAUUUAUGGCCAAAUGUUUAUUUAGUUAAAGGACACAAACACAUAUUAAAACACAACAAAAAAAAGUUAGCUGAUAUGAGGGCUAUAAAAGAAAAAAUCAUAUCACAAAAAUCUAAAAAAAAAAAAUAUUGGAAAAAUCUAUAGAAAUUAUAUUUUUAAAUUGGUAAAUUGUCUGCUCAAUUGGCGAGAAAUUUGACGAAAUAAUUAUAAUUUGUAACCGAUUAUCUCGCUUUUUGAUUACCAUAACCAAAACGUCCCCGCAGAGACGGCAAAAGUAAUUAAUUUUAAACAUUUUGUGAUAGACAAAAUUAUGUUUCGGCACAAAAUAUAUAAAAAUAAAAAAACUAUAAUAAAGCAAAAUAAAAUAAAAAAUUAAAUGUGAUAUUUUCGGCACAAAACUUUACAUAAAAACAAAAUACAAAUUUAAAGUAAAAAAUUAACAAAAAAAAUGGUAAAAUAUCAUGAAGGUUAAGCAACAUUUGGCUAAGGUUGCUUGCCUUUUGCAUAUUUAUUUAGAUGAUUUUUGUUAUAGAAUUAUUCAAAAUUGUUAUAUUUCGGUCCAAAGCACAAAAUGUAUAAAAUUUAUUUCUAGUUAUCCCUUAAACAUACUUUUACUUUAACUUUAAAAUCUUGAUUUCCUAAUUUUAAGUUACGUGCAUGUGCGUGUGUAUAUAUCCAUUCAAAAAUAUGUGCACACAGAGAUCAUAAUUUUAUUUAGUUUUACGUUGAUUGAGUUGAAAACUUUAAGCCAAUAAACUACCGCAAAAUUAAAAACAACAAAACAAAAACAGCACAGAUGUUAAGGCAAACCACUACUACACACAGAUUUAUGUACCAAAAAUGUAAUAAAUAUGAAAUUAUAUAAAAAAAAACAAAUGAAACAAAGCAGCGAGAAACCAAAAGAAACCCAAGUAGAGAAAGCUAAACGGAGACUAGCUGGAUUUUUCUAACUUUUUUCCCAUACAUAAGCAUAAAUCGUAAACGAAAUAUUUUUAUACAUCCAUCUUGUAAUCGGCCGAUUGAAACGAUAGGUCCUAAAGAUCUGGGCCUGGAGGGUUGCUCUGUGGAAAGAGUUCUCGGAGUAGAAUCCCAGAUCAAAUAUUGCUCCACAUUCGUCAUGCGCAAAUAAAAAUACACAACAACAGCGAGUUGUAACUUAUUUUUUUGCUCUACACUUACAAACUCAAUUAAUCAAUAUGCAAAUACAAAUGUGGCAGUGCCUAAAACAUGGCACUCAACACAGCAAUGAAAAAUAUUA